CCUCACCCUGAUCGAGCACCACCUGUGGCGGAUGAGUCAGCCUCCACCAACGGCGCGUGUGACCCCGCAGCUGUUUGGGGACAGAGUCCGCCUGCAGACAGCCUCGGAGGAAAAAAAAAAACACAGAGCUGUCAGAGCUGCUGCACACUCAGUUAAUGACCUGCCCACGCCAGGAUGCACUACCGCUCCACUCUGCACAAUCACACCAAGAUUUCCGCCUGUUUGACAUCACCGCUCUCCUCCUGACGCUGAUUGUUCUUCAAGUUUUUCAUCGUCGCUUCCGUGUAUUUCUCAGAGCGGGGUAUUGAGGUGUGAUUUUGGGUCGAGCAGGAGAUCAUUUCGUGUAGUAAUGCGAGCAGCGGCGGGGCUGGAGGCUGGCGGAGAGCGGGACUGAGCGGCGGAGAUCUCGCGGACCACCGUGCGCGUCUUUCUUGGACACCUCUCGGAGGAAACGGUGGUUUUGGCUCUGACAGGGCUUCUCUCUUGGCAUUGCGAUGUCUGCAAGAAAGACAUCGUUGACGGACAAGCAGACUAAAAACGGAACCUCGAAAUAUGUGCUGGAGAGAUGCGCUUCUGUUAACGAGUAUUAUGAUAUUGCCUUUAAGGUGAUGCUCCUGGGAGACUCAGCCGUGGGGAAGACGUGCAUCUUGGUGCGCUUUAAAGACGGGGCAUUUCUGGGAGGAAACUUUAUAGCCACCGUUGGAAUAGACUUUAGGAAUAAAGUGGUGGAUGUGGACAACCUGAAAGUCAAACUCCAGAUCUGGGAUACAGCCGGCCAGGAGAGAUUCCGCAGCGUAACGCACGCCUACUACAGAGAUGCUCAGGCGUUACUGCUGCUAUACGAUACCACCAGCAAGCCGUCUUUUGACAACAUCAGGGCCUGGCUCACUGAAAUUCACGAGUACGCCCAGAAGGAUGUGGUCAUCAUGUUGCUUGGAAACAAGUCAGACAUGGCUGCAGAGCGGGUGGUGAAGACAGAGGAUGGAGAGAAGCUGGCAAAGGAGUACGGCGUGCCAUUUAUGGAGACCAGCGCAAAGACAGGAGUUAAUGUGGAGCUGGCCUUUCAUGCUAUCGCGAAGGAGCUGAAGCACAGAGCCACACAGCAGCCCAACGAACCCAAGUUCCAGAUCCACGACUACAUCGAGUCUCAGAAGCAGAAGACAGGCUGCUGUGGCAUGUAGCUGAAAAAACAGAGACACAGAGAAAGAGAGGGAGAGAGAGAAAGAGAGGAGGGAGAGGGAGAAAGAGAGAGAGGGAGAUGGAAGUAAACAUGUCUGCUCUCGUAACAAAAGCCAAUCAGCAUCACCAAACCCCGAGAAGCGGACGUCCUCGGCUUCUCCUCUGAGCUUUGAGCUGAAUCUGGACUGGCUGCCAUCCCGAAUCUGAAAUGUGAAUCAAUCAAUCUCUUUUCUGUCAUGUGUAGAAAUGUACGUGGUCUUUGUGGUGACAGUUGUAUCGAAUUACAAGUCAGGAGUUACAAUCUGAAAUGCUAUAUCCAUCUGCAGGGACCAAACGACAACACUUAUUAUAUUAAGCUUCAAACUCUACAUACACAUCGCACCUAAAGGGAAUCUGUAACCUCCAAUUCCUGCUUGAACCCCUCCCCCAAACAUGUUCAGAAAAUGUUAGAGAGGUUUUAGAGAGGCAGGCAUGACCUCUGGGCUGUGCAGUCUAACCCCGAGGAGGUUCAGGGGUCACAGAGGAGACAGACCCAUCAUUGAUCAGUGUGGAGUCAAAGAAAAGCAGCCUCAAGAAGCUGAGAGUCUGCAGGGAGUCAGAGUCCAUUUUAACAGGCAGUAGAAGCACAUUAUAGUUCACCAUAUUCCCACAGCAGCCAUUUUCCUCUGACAUCUCACUCAUGGUAAGACCCUCAAAGCUCCUGCCAUGAUGAUGAGAAUAAUGGAGAGUGAUAAAGCAGAGGGAUAGAUUUAAAGGUAAAGUAACACAUUUGUUCACCUAAGCUACCCAAGUUAAAUUCCCAUCAUGCAGCACUCAUCACACUGCAGCUGUGUGUUAAUCCUGCUGCAUCCCUCAAAGGAAACGGGCGAUGAAGGAUGAGUGUCUGAGUGAAAACCAAGUCUUUUUGAAUAGAAGGAAGCUGGCUAUUCUGAGCGGAGCCUUUUCUCCAGCCAAUCAGAAAGCUCCACUUGCUGUCUGACAACAUAGAACCACUCAUGAACAAGAGCACUCAGUCCAACAAACACAGACAGCCUGAACGGAAAACAUCACAAAUACACCCUUAUGUUUAAAGCUCCUCUCUUGUCUCCUGGCUAACUAGCUAACUCGACUAACCUCAUGUGAUAAUCAUAGACUGUAUAAAAUAUGGGCGUAGGAUCUGUGACGUCACCCAUCUGUUUCUGAAGCGCUGUUUUGAGACCAAUCGUCGGCGGGAGCCAUAUUGCUGCUGUCAAGCGAUUGUGAGGUAAAGAGGCGGGCUUUGAGCCUCCUAUCCAACAGCUACAGUGUUCACGCCUGUCAAUUAGGUCAGCUGUGCCUCUCAUUGGAAGACUCGUGAUCUAAAUAUCUUUGAAAUUGCCGCGUUAGAAAAAAAUCACCCCCCGUACAGUGUGUGCCGAUUGAGAAAUGAGCUAUCCAGACUACACUCGUCUUUUGUACCAGGCUGUAAACAUGUUUAUUUCUGCUGUAAAGAUCGUCUUUUUUGAAUUGGUGUGUAUGUGGUUUCUGGUAUUUCCAGAGCCAGCCUCAAGCGGAUCCUCGAUGAACUGCAGUUUUAAGCACUUCUGCAUUGGACUCGUAUUUUUAGACCGGAGGUUGCUUCUUGGUAAUAAUCUAUCUCUUUGAAGAUAAUUUGGACUUAAAGAACCAUUUCAGUGAGCUUGAAACAAAAUAUUAAGUCUAAAAGUAUAUUCCUCGGCUGUUUGAGAGUCUGCUAUCCUGUUUGAAAUGAUGCACAGUGAAUUUUGGAAGAAGUAGGAAGUGAUGCGAAGAAUGCUCCGGAUGCAUCCUUGUUGCUGUGCUGUGAUGCAGUCGGUCUUUAAAUGUGACCUUCCAAAGAUGUAGCCUCUGAAUUGGGACAGAGCUGGUCAUUUUAGGGAGGAGGAGAUUGAAUGCUAGUUAAAGAAGAGCAAGCGUGCAGUUAGCAUUAAAUCACACAGGGCAUGAAAUGAACACCCACCAAAACAUUAGUUUGGUGUGUAAAACAACAACACACACCCGCCAGUGGCUGAUGGAAAAUUUUUGUACUGCAUGUGAGGUUUUGUUUUCAUACUUUCGCCGAUUUCUGCCGACUGUCAGGCUAUUUUGACCCUCGCGGCGCGCUGUACUUGUGUUGUGAUUUGGUACGUCGGGAACGGCGUGACGUUAGCGACUGGAGUUCUAUUCAUUCCCUUUGCUUGAAGAAGCACGGCGGGAAGAGCAUUUCGUGGAAGGUGUGGAGACACAUUCCCGGCGUGAAGCCACCACAAACAAAAAGGAUAAACAAAGAGGCAGGAGACGAUGAAGAAGAGGAACAGAGAGCUAACCGGAGUAAUGUCACUAUAUGACGUUUUAAAGAAAACUGGAAAAUUGACGAGGCUGCUACUACUUUAAAUCAAAUAAGGCGUUAUUUUUUUAUUUGGCUGGCGAAAAAUGUUUUUGGCCGGUAAAUUUUUGGAGGUCACUAGCCAAUGGCAGAUGAAGUAAAAAGAUAAUUUUACGCCCUGUGUACAUAUUAAGCAUUGACCAGGAACCGCAUCAGUAAUAGCGAUAAAAUGACAUUUUCACCAUAGACUAUAAAAUAUGGACGUAGUAUCCAUGAUGUCACCCAUCUGUUCCUGAGAGCUGUUUUGAAGCCAAUCGACGGCGGCAGCCAUAUUGGAAAUGCAGAACUCAACCAGGCAGAGUGUGACGUAGAGGGGCGGAGUUUGAGCCUCCUAGCCAACAGCUACGUGUUCCUGUCCGGGAGUCAAGUCAGUCAUGUCCUUAUUUGGGCAAAAACUUAAUAUCUUCUGAACUGUCACGUUAGAAAAAAAUUCACCCCACAUACAGUUUGUGCCGGUAGAGAGAUUAGCUACAUAGAGCCAAGCCGUUUUUUGAACCAGGCUGUAAACAUGUUUAUUAAUGCUGCAAAGAUCGUCUUUUUCCCAUUCAUGUCUAUGUGGUUUCUGGUGUUUCUGCAGUCAGCCUCAAGCAGAUUUUCUAUGAAUUGCAGUUUAUAACACUUCUGCAUGGGCUUCCUCGUUUGAGACCGGAGGUUGACGCUUGGUUUUCACACAUGCUCAUUCCUCGGGCCAGCAUGUUUGAACGUGACAACACACUGAAUUAUCCAGACUUUUCCUUGUUAACCCCCUGGUAACAUUGUCCAAAAAAAAAAAAAAGCAGCAAUAAGCAGAUGUGUGAACACAGCAGGAAAAUUCAUCACAGUGAUGAAGUUUUUUUAAUGAUGUGAUCAGGGGAUGACAUGCACCAAAUCCUGUUGGGAACAUAAAUUGACCCUACAAAAAACACAACGAGGAAUGUAACCUCUGUACAUGGGGCGCCUGCUCUACCAUCUAAGCUAAUUCAGCGCCUUCACCGCUGCUUCUACUUCAUGUCCUCCCUCCUCCUGCCGAACAGGGGAAACUUCAUACUCUGAGGGACAUGCGUGAAUAACAACUGGAAAAUUUCAGGACAGAUUGUCCUUGGAAUUUUCCCGAUUAUUUCAGGAUUGCACAUGUGUGAAAGCAGCUAAACAAAAGUGCACUAAGGAGGUGGUUGAAUAGCAUCAGUUGCUGUUUAAUGUCAAAUAGAGAGUUUGGGAAUAAGUUUUGUCCCCUCAAAAGUAGACUCAACCUCCUGAUUUGGAAUGUCUGUUGUCCUUAGUUGACGAUACAUUUCGAAGCAGUGAAAUGCAAACUGUGAUCUAUUCUCUACGUUUGUAUGAUACACAGCAGUACAACAAAACAGCGUCUCACCCUGACUGUGUUUGAGAGCAAAGUGGCCGCCGUCAGAUUAAUGUUAAGGAUCCUUCAAGAGAGUAACCGUGGUAGUUUUUUAAAGUGGCCAAUUUAAAAUCUCUGACUGCAGAGAAGCACAGUGCUCCAGUAAUGUAACCUCAUUCAAAGUUAGCUAUGUGAGCUUCACUCUGAAGGUGAAGAUCUGCCCUUCUCCCAGAGCUGUCGUCUCGUUCCUCCCCCGUAAACUUCUCUUUCUGACUCUGGAUUAAUGAACAGUUUUUUCAUACUAACAUUAACCCGACUGUUGGUUUGGAUAUAGCAUUUUUACAUGCAGCUCUCCCUUUGUUUUCAUCCCAGGGUUUCAGGCUGUGAACUGAAUCCUUUUGGCCUUACAGACUUCAUCUCUUUUCUUUGAGUAUCAGUGUGUUUGAGAAGUGAAGACUUCAGUCUCACAGUCAGACUGUAGCUAAAUGAUCCGUCUGUUCACAUCUGUACUGCUGUUAGAUAGAAUAAAGCCAUCGUUUGAGGGCGCUCGCCCGCUCUGUGUCAGUCUGUACAUUCAAUUCAGGGCCCAGAAACUUUCAUAGAUUUAAAAACAGGUAUGAAACAUUCAACAAAAAGAUUAUGAUCACUGUUUUCUGUUUUUCUUUGGGUAGAGGUUUCCCAGCAUGCAGUUUUCUUUCCACACACACACACACACAAACAGGUCUUACUCUCACUGUCGUGUCUCCUUAACUGAUGGAUGUUGUUGUGUAGACUGUACCGAAGAUGUAUUUGUUCACACACACCUCGUGUACUGAUAUUCAUUAUGAAUGUUUGUCACAUCUGUCUCCUCCGAGGCGUCACGUGAUCACAAAGUGCCAUGAAAAAGUGCUUUGUUAUCAUAAUAUAUAUAUAAAAAUAUAUUUUGUAAUGUUUGUGCUGUUUGUUUUAUUUCAGUCAGUCUCGUCCGUGUGUCCCGUGUGUGUUUUUGUGCGUGUGAGUUUGUGUGUGUGUGUGUGUGUGUGUGUGUGUGUGUGUAAGUUUGAAGGUAAUCACAGUGACAGGAUGUGUUGAGGUUAAUGAGCCACUGUGUGGCAGCAGCGACUCUGUUUAUUCUCCUCCAUGAUGCAUUAGAAGGAAGAAAGUGUGAUAAUUACGCACAUGUUAGAACUGUUUGUCAAAUUCUGUUUGAUUCUGUUAUAGAGGUGUGUGAAAGGAUGUACUUGGAGGUAUUAAUGUACAGAUGAAGGAUAAUUAUACUGUCUGAUAUCACAAUAUGGGAGAUAUUAUGGAAGAGGUUUCCAAAACUCAAUAAAAGUGAUGUAAAGAAAA